AUGCCCAAACACUACAAUGCAUAUCUCGAACUUCCACACUCGGAACUUUGCACAGAGGAGUUCGCAAGGAAUGAAGACAGAAAGGAUAGAUUGAGCAAGUUGAGGAACGAAUUUGUGAUACCAAGCAAAGGCGACUUGAGGAACAAGAAAUUCGGAUUUCAGCAAAACUACGCGGGAGAGGCCGCCGCUACGCGCGAAGACGACAGCGAAGAUUCCAUAUACUUCUGCGGCAAUUCUCUAGGACUUCAACCUCGGAGAACAAAGGAAUAUGUUAACCGUUAUCUGGAUACUUGGGCAUCCAAGGGUGUGUUUGGUCAUUUCACGAAUUACGAGGGAGGAUUACCGCCAUGGCUACACAUCGACGAUGCGAUCAAAGGCCAGACAGCCAAGGUGGUCGGCGCACUACCUACAGAAGUCGUCAUAAUGGAGACUUUGACUGCAAAUUUGCAUUUGCUCAUGGCAAGUUUCUACCGACCGACCAAGGACCGGUACAAGAUCAUCAUUGAGGCGAAGGCAUUUCCUAGUGAUCAUUAUGCCGCUCUCUCUCAGAUUGCCCACCACAACCUCGACCCAUCUGCGCUCAUAACCAUCGAUCCGCCCUCAGCGUCCUCGCCUUACCUCUCCAACGAGCACAUACUCUCAGUCAUAUCCCAACAUGCGCCAACGACUGCACUGGUCUUGUUACCUGGUAUCCAAUUCUACUCGGGCCAGUUCUUCGAUAUAGAACUCAUAACGCGCCACUGCCGAUCGCUGGGUAUAACCGUAGGCUGGGACCUUGCCCAUGCAGCUGGAAACGUACCACUGAAGCUACAUGACUGGAAUGUUGACUUCGCAGCAUGGUGCAACUAUAAAUAUAUGAAUGGUGGCCCUGGUGUCAUCGGUGGACUAUUUGUACACGAGAGGCAUGGAAGAGUGGAGCAGGUGCCUGCAGUUCAGAAAGAUGGCACAAACGGCGCAGUGGGUAACAGCACAGAGCUUGCCUACCGACCGCGACUAAGCGGCUGGUGGGGAAGCGAUAAAGACAGUCGCUUUCGCAUGGAAAACAAGUUCGUGCCAAUCACUGGGGCGGGCGGCUUUCAGCUCAGCAACCCUAGUGCAUUGGACAUGACAUCUGUCAUGGCUAGCUUAGACGUCUUUGCUCUGACGAACAUGGAUGAUUUACGGCAGCGGAGUCUCAGGUUGACUGCGUACCUCGAAGCGCGGCUACUAAAGUAUGACGGAGGAGAGCCACCUUACAAGAUCAUCACACCUGCGAAUCCAGCGGAGCGUGGUGCGCAGCUCAGUGUGCUUCUCAAUCCAGGACUGCUGGACCAAGUUCAACACUAUAUCGAAGAACGUGGCGUGGUCGUCGAUGAAAGAAAGCCUGAUGUGCUUCGCGUGGCGCCUGCACCACUGUACAACUCCUUCCACGACAUCCAUCGCUUUAUCACUGUCUUCCACGAAGCUUGUCGUAUAGCCGUGAAGGGUGUUGGGCAGAAGGGCGCGCACAAUGACAAAAUCCCUGAAGGAAUCGCGAAUGUGUGA